AUGGCCGACGCACGAUGGAUGCCUGCGACAGGUCGCAGACAGGUAGACAUAGGCCCUUCCCUUAGGACCGCUCUCAAGGCUCGGAAAACCGGAAACGCUCCUCCAAGGCAAAGCAAGAUACCCAACCGUGACUUCUUUGCAUUCCGCUAUAAUUUUAAGCCUGAGUCUGUAGACUCGGAUAAGCCUGGGUCCAUUGAUAUUAAACGCAGCUCUGAGUGCACGAACGUCGUUAUUGAGAGGGCUAGCACCAAGGAAAAUGAGCGACAUAUUUUCAAGGGAACCGAGCUGGAGGCAAAGGAGGUCGAGUGCGUGCUUAUUUAUGAUGAGGACUCUGGGGUCUUCACGCUGGAGAAACUCAACUCGUACGUGAACCUUAACCACGAAAGAGGAGCGGGUUCUGUCUCUCAUAUUCAUAUUGCUAAUCACUCCGCCUCCCCCUUAAACUCAGGUCAGAACACAGCCAAUGCAUCCGAUGACGAAGUUCUAGAUGGUGUACUUGAUAGUGCAGAUCGCAACCCAGCUAUUGCAUUGCGCGAAGAGGAAGAGGAAGAGGAAGAGAAGCCCGUACCGCUCGCCCCUCCCGAGCCAAAGCCCCCUGGCCGACGGCCGCAGCCAUCCCUGCCGAAACCGAAGUCAAACUCUCCAAAGGGAUUGCUCAAGCAAGCUGCGAAGCCUCCGCCCAAGCCCACCCCCAAGCUCAAAACCAAGAAAGAGCCCGAAUCCGUCGCUCAAGCUGCCGAGGCAUACGACAGCGAGCACCUCGAAUUUGGCGUACCUUCGCGUCCCCUGAAGAAGCGCAAAGUGUCAAUACCGUCUGCGCCCGCUCCCCCGCUGGCGCCUGUGCAUGUGUCCCAAACAACGUCGCAACCUGACUCAGAGUCUGAUGAAGAGUGGGAAGAUGUGACUGCCGCAGCCCCCGCCGAAAACCCUGAGGCAAAUGAAGAAGCAGAAGAGGAAGAAAUGGAAGAGCUGGACCUUGAUGCGUUCAAUCAGGAGAUGGAGAUGCAGCUUGAAGGUGAGGAGGCAGAAGAAGAAGCCAUAUUUACCCCUGCGCUUUCGCCGGAGCCUACGCCGCCCGAUAACGCUCGCAAGCCCAUAUCGCUGAACCAAUUCGCUGGCGGACUCAGCCCCGAUGAAGACGAGACUUCCUCGAGCGAGGACAGCGACGAGGAUUAG